GUGUCUACGUGUGUGUGGACUGUGUGUUGGGCGUCGUGCCUGCCCGUGUCCUUGGGGUCUGUGUGCUCUCCGCACAUAGGUAAGUACCGCGUGCACACCCUGAAUGUGGGUGAACUGUGUGCUCUGGAUUUGUCGGCUGAAGAGGGGCUGUGUGGCCUCCUGGGGGGAUGUGAAUGCAUAAUUUCUCUAAAGUGCUUCAAGGGGAUGGGAGCGCCUGAAAUCUGGGGGAAGUGGGCCAAGGAGUAUUAGCAAGGUUUGGGCCUGGUUGCAUUUCAUGACUUUUUCCAGGAAAAUAAAUUAUGGGUGACUUGCAGGAGGGUGCUGCUGAGAUGGGGGCAGACUAUGAAGCGCGGAGGGGUCUCGGGUGUUGCUGGAGGGCAGCCGCAGCCUGCGGAGAGCCUCGGCGCGCUCCUCCCUUUCCCCCAUGCUCCCCCCAGCCCGGGCGGGGCGCCGCGUGGGGCGGGGGCUGCCGCGACCGAGCGAGGGGGACGGGUGGGUGCUGCGCGGCGGCCGUGAUGGCGGGUGGCAGCGAGGCCGAGCAGGGGACCGGGGCCGCGGCCCGGGAGAGGGCCAGCCGCACGGAGCCCUGAAGCACCGCCUGGCCCGACUCCACCAUGAACGUCGCGCUGCAGGAGCUGGGAGCUGGCGGCAACGUGGGAUUCCGGAAGGGGACAAGGCAGCUGCUAGGCUCCCGCACGCAGCUGGAGCUGGUCUUGGCAGGCGUCUCUCUACUCCUGGCUGCACUGCUUCUGGGCUGCCUUGUGGCCCUGGGGGUCCAGUACCACAGAGACUGACAGUCUCCUACCCUCCGGCCAUGUCCCCUGCCACAGACCCAUCCCACAGCACCUGCUUCACAGAGGCCUGCAUUCGAGUGGCUGGAAAAAUCCUAGAGUCCCUGGACCGAGGGGUGAGCCCCUGUGAGGACUUUUACCAGUUCUCCUGUGGGGGCUGGAUUCGGAGGAACCCCCUGCCUGAUGGGCAUUCUCGCUGGAACACUUUCAACAGCCUCUGGGACCAAAACCAGGCCAUACUGAAGCACUUGCUUGAAAACACCACCUUCAACUCCAGCAGUGAAGCUGAGCAGAAGACACAGCGCUUCUACCUAUCUUGCCUACAGGUGGAGCGCAUUGAGGAGCUGGGAGCCCAGCCGCUGAGAGACCUCAUUGACAAGAUCGGCGGGUGGAACAUUACAGGGCCCUGGGACCAGGACAACUUUAUGGAGGUGUUGAAGGCAGUAGCGGGGACCUACAGGGCUACCCCAUUCUUCACCGUCUAUGUCAGUGCUGACUCUAAGAGUUCCAACAGCAAUGUUAUCCAGGUGGACCAGUCUGGGCUCUUCCUGCCCUCUCGGGAUUACUACUUAAACAGAACUGCCAAUGAGAAAGUGCUUACUGCCUAUCUGGACUACAUGGAGGAGCUGGGGGUGCUGCUGGGCGGGCGGCCCGCCUCCACAAGGGAGCAGAUGCAGCAGGUGCUGGAGCUGGAGAUACAACUGGCCAACAUCACGGUGCCCCAGGACGAGCGGCGCGACGAGGAGAAGAUCUAUCACAAGAUGAGCAUUUCAGAGCUGCAGGCUCUAGCGCCCUCCAUGGACUGGCUUGAGUUUCUGUCUUUCUUGCUGUCGCCGUUGGAGCUGAGUGACUCUGAGCCCGUGGUGGUGUAUGGGAUGGAUUAUUUGCAGCAGGUGUCAGAGCUCAUCAACCGCACGGAACCCAGCAUCCUGAACAAUUACCUGAUCUGGAACCUGGUGCAAAAGACAACCUCGAGCCUGGACCGACGCUUUGAGUCUGCACAAGAGAAGCUGCUGGAGACCCUGUACGGCACUAAGAAGUCGUGUGUGCCACGGUGGCAGACCUGCAUCUCCCACACAGAUGACGCCCUUGGCUUUGCUUUGGGCUCCCUCUUCGUGAAGGCCACAUUCGACCGGCAAAGCAAAGAAAUUGCAGAGGGGAUGAUAAGCGAAAUCCGGGCUGCAUUUGAGGAGGCACUGGGACAGCUGGUUUGGAUGGAUGAGAAGACCCGCCAGGCAGCCAAGGAGAAAGCAGACACCAUCUAUGAUAUGAUUGGUUUCCCAGACUUCAUCCUGGAGCCCAAAGAGCUGGAUGAUGUUUAUGAUGGGUACGAAGUUUCUGAAGAUUCUUUCUUCCAAAACAUGUUGAAUUUGUACAACUUCUCUGCUAAGGUGAUGGCUGACCAGCUCCGCAAACCUCCCAGCCGAGACCAGUGGAGCAUGACCCCCCAGACAGUGAACGCCUACUACCUUCCAACUAAGAACGAGAUGGUCUUCCCCGCAGGCAUCCUGCAGGCCCCCUUCUAUGCCCGCAACCACCCCAAGGCCCUGAACUUUGGUGGCAUCGGUGUGGUCAUGGGUCACGAGCUGACACAUGCCUUUGAUGACCAAGGGCGCGAGUAUGACAAAGAAGGGAACCUGCGGCCCUGGUGGCAGAAUGAGUCACUGGCCGCCUUCCGCAACCACACGGCCUGCAUGGAGGAGCAGUACAACCAAUACCAGGUCAAUGGCGAGAGGCUCAACGGCCGCCAGACGCUGGGGGAGAACAUCGCCGACAACGGGGGGCUGAAGGCUGCCUACAACGCUUAUGAAGCGUGGCUGAGAAAGCAUGGGGAGGAGCUGCAGCUGCCAGCCGUGGGGCUCACCAACCACCAGCUCUUCUUCGUGGGAUUUGCCCAGGUGUGGUGCUCGGUCCGCACACCAGAGAGCUCUCACGAGGGGCUGGUGACUGACCCCCACAGCCCUGCCCGCUUCCGCGUGCUGGGCACCCUCUCCAACUCCCGCGACUUCCUGCAGCACUUCAGCUGCCCCGUCGGCUCCCCCAUGAACCCGGGGCAGCUGUGCGAGGUGUGGUAGACCUGGACCAGGGGAGAAAUGGCCGGUUGUCCCCGGACCCAGGGCAGCUCUCCCGACGAGGCCGUUUGCUCCCUGGGUUGAAAGGAAGCACAUGCAAACUGGGCGGGGUUUAAUCCCUCCUCACCACCGGUGACACGGUGACACGAGUGCGGUCCCUUCUCAGUCACCACGUUGUGCCUCUGCUUUGGGGGUGCCCCUGCCUCCAGCAGAGCCCCCACCAUUCACUGUGACAUCUUUCCACGUCACCCUGCCUGGAAGAGGUUUGGGCGGGGAGGCCAGUUCCCACAGAAAGGAGUCUGCCUCCUCUGGCCCCAAGCUCACUCAGCCUGGCGGCCACCGGGCCUGCCAGUGCCUGCCCCACUCUGACAUGCAGGCCUGGGUGGUGGACCUCCCGGGCUCCUCCCCAGGCUCGCUCAUGCACACUUAGGGGUGGACUCAGCUCCCCACUUCCAGGGGCUGCCCCCACCCCACCCUGUGCUCCUCAUGCCCCUGCUCCCAAUACCACUGCUGACCUUCACUGAUGGCUCCUAGUGGAAGCCCAAGGGCCUCUGAAAGCCCCCGGCUGCUCCCUGUUUCCCUGGGCUGAGAGGGGAAGUGCAUAUGUGUAGGGGGUUCUGGUUCCUGUGUCUUAGGGUUCAAGCCUUAGCAGGUGACUGAGUCUCCCUGGACCGAGCAGGAAAGCAGACAGAGCAGAGAGAAGGAAGAACAGAGUUUAUUUUUACAGAAAAGAGGGUGUGGAGGGUGUGGUCUUGGCCCUAUAGGACCCUGUGCCAAUAAAUAGACAUGCAUCCAUCA